AGUAAGAGAAAUCCUCGAUCCAAUCCGUUCCAGCCCAUACCAAUCGUACAACCAGCCGACGACUGCGGCAUCGACGGCGACGGCGUCGACAGGAACCCAGCGGCGACCCCCUCCGGCCGCCCCUCUGCUCCGCGCCGCAUCGGGAAACCCUGCCGCGAUCCUCCAGCCACGCCGCCCCCCGCGUGCCCACUCGGCUCGUUCGGCCAAAUCCGGUCCUCCGCCCGCGGGGUCCCGAUUUGCGGCUAGUCCUGCGGAUUGCGCGGCGCCAACCCUGGAGAGAGAGACGGGCGUUGACGGACGGUUGCGGCGCACAGUGGUGCCACCAUGUUGCACUGCCUGGAGGGGGUGAGGCACCUGUGCGCGGUGCUCCUCAACCUCAAGUGUUGCGACAUCGACCUCAAGCAGCCCAAGGGCCUGGAGGAUCCCGAAGUCCUCGCCAGGGAGACCGUGUUUAGCGUCAGUGAGGUCGAAGCGCUGUACGAGCUGUUCAAGAAGAUCAGCAGUGCUGUGAUAGAUGACGGGCUGAUCAACAAGGAGGAGUUUCAGUUGGCGCUUUUCAAGACCAGUAAGAAGGAGAGUUUGUUUGCUGAUCGUGUCUUUGAUUUGUUUGACACAAAACACAACGGAAUUCUAGGAUUUGAAGAAUUUGCCCGUGCGUUAUCAGUAUUUCAUCCAAGUGCCGCUCCUGAUGAGAAAAUUGACUUCUCUUUCCAGCUUUAUGAUCUGAAGCAACAAGGUUUCAUUGAAAGACAAGAGGUUAAGCAAAUGGUUGUUGCUACACUUGCUGAAUCAGGAAUGAAUCUUUCAGACGAAGUCAUAGAGAGCAUCAUUGAUAAGACUUUCGAGGAGGCAGACACAAAACAUGAUGGGAAAAUUGACAAAGAAGAAUGGCGCAAUCUAGUCCUCAGACAUCCCUCAUUACUGAAGAACAUGACACUACAAUAUCUCAACAGCACUGUCAGGAAAUAAAGAAGCAUGAUAUUGUUCAGCUAUAAAGUGAAAACCAGCAAACAGAAUAUGAAACAGUGAUUAGUUAAACGACAGUUUUGUACACAUUGGAGGCUGGAGAGUAUGCUGAACCAACCCAUUGUUUUCUUCUACAUUAGAAGUUCAUUUACAUCAGUUAACUAUUAGCGUAUGUCGUAUUGUUUCUCAAGGCAGGUGUGACUACGAAGUGUUAAGUAGUAUUUCUGUUUCAAGUUCAACCAAGGGAGUGCGUAGUAGUUCCGGCUUCAAAGGGGAUAUACUGGAGGCAUGUGAAUAUUGUUUCAUUGCUUCAGUUCAGUCUGUAUCAUAACAUUACUAUUGCAUAUGCUGUUAUUGCCCUACUCUAUAUUCACUAAUCAGGUCAACGUCGCAGGGACAUCACCACCACAUUUCCAAGCUUUGUGUUCCAUUCUCAGGUCGACGAUACAUAAAGUCCUGAGAGUGUUUUCACUUCGAUGGAAUAUCAGAAGACGGUCUCACUGCUUUGUUAAGCUUUCCAAUUGCCGGCCGAUGGUUCAGCGGAAGUCAUCGUAGUGUUCCGAAGCAUACUGCAUACUGUGUUCGAUUAUUCCGCUGGUUUAUUUGUGUUCAUAAUGUUUUUUUUCUUUAGCUUAGGGUGGGGUGGUAGUAGAUCAGAAUGUUCAAAGUUUCUUUUGUUUUUGUACAAAAAAAAACUGGUUUGACCCUUUAGUUAACUGUGUAUGUAUUCUGUGUGGGGAACUUUCCUACUGUAUAUUAUGGAUUGAACUGAACGGAGCAGAAAUGCCUUUGCUGAUAAAGUUUGUCACAAUUUAUUGUUUUC